GGCUGUCAACGCCUUAUAUUGGUAUCAGACUUUCUAUGAGCUGUUGAUUAGAGACAAAGAGUGUUGGUAGCUGAUUUUGCGUGCACCGCACUCCAGUAGACUUCCACUUUGCUGUUUGCUGACUUAACUCAAAGCUGAUCAAAAAACACAAUGAACUGCUAUGUGGAUUAUUUGCAAACCUGUGAGAAAUGACUACCUCCGCCAAAGCGCAGAAAAAUGGGUCCUACCGCUCUCUAAACAGUUUCCAAUAUUAUCUCGGUCAGUUACAGGUGCCAAAGACACAAUUCAGCACCGUGGGCAUCAGACACGUGAACGAAACGCAAGAGACAGUUGCUACGUAGGGUAAGUGGAAUACGAGCUGACAAACGCCACUGGAAGCCACUGGAUCCACGUUAGUCAGCAUCAAUUCCGGUCAUUUGCUAACGAUUGAGAAUGUUCCGAGUUGAAUCCCGGUCUUCAACAUCACCAUCCACAGACAUAUACGCAACAGAACAUGACAGACACGGAGCAAGCUGCCGCUCUCAAGGCCCCGGUGGCCAUGUUCAAGAAACGAAAAGGCACUGCGAACAUACGAAAGCGGCCCGAGCCAUCACCGCCCAAGGACUCCGACAGCGACUUUUCAUCAUCGGAAGACGAGUCUGGGCAGCGUGUCAAAAGGCGGAAGAAGGCAGCAGGCGUCACAGCCACCUCGGCCAAACCCACAAGCACCACCGAAACCUCCUCCAUACCAUAUGCCGCCGACAGGGGUGCGAUCGCCUCUUCCAACGAUGCCACCAAGCAGAGCAACUGGUACGACGAAGACGCCCACGGCGCGCUCUCCGCAAAGAACCUACUGGGCACUUCCAAGGCACAGAAGGACACAGCGCCAGAUGGCACCUAUAAAGGUCUCGCAAAUCAGACCACGUUCAUACAGAAGGACCCAGAUGCGCCGAAGCGAGCAGUGGGACCCCAGAAAGCGUCGACCAACGUCCGCACUGUCACGUUCUUCGAUUUCAAGCCCGACGUAUGCAAGGACUACAAGCAGACAGGAUUCUGCGGCUAUGGCGACGCAUGUAUUUACCUCCACUCGCGUGAGGACGUCAAGCAGGGCUGGCAGCUCGACCGAGAGUGGGAGAUUGGUACCAAAGGGAAGAAGAACGUGGGCGGCACCGUCGUGGCCUCUGCGAAUCGCGACGUGAAGGCGGAGAACCCCGACGACGCUGAGGACGACGCCUUUCUUGAGAAAAUACCCUUCAAAUGCAUUAUCUGCAAGGACUCAUAUCGCGAGCCUGUCGUCACGCGGUGUGGCCAUUACUUCUGUGAGCCGUGCGCGCUGCGGCGGUAUCGGAAAGACCCGACUUGUGCGGCGUGUGGAGCGGGGACCAAUGGUGUGUUCAACUCGGCAAAGAGGUUGAAGAAGCUACUCGAAAGGAAACGAGAAAAGGCCGCAAAGAGGAGGCAGGAGAAGAUUGACGCUGGCGAGGAAGUCAGUGACCAGGAGGAUGGCGAGACUAUAUAGCGAUGAUACCCGCGAGGCGUUGGAGGUGGCCAGCGAGCCUAGAACGAAUGGAUGAACUGCAUGAUUGCAUCUUUCGAACCAGAUCAGCUCAUGCAUGUGAUUGAAUACCUUAUCUUUUGCCGCCGUGACUGACAGCAUCGUUGCCGAGAAAUGUUAAAACUCAAGUGAACACUCAACAGCGUGAUUGGCUGGGGUCACCCCUGUAUUGUUUUCUUUCGCCGAAAUGAGCUGGGUUAUGCGAGCGCGUCAUUUUGUUUUCUCGUCAGAGGACGGUGGAUCAUGACGGAAUGGAACACGGUCCGAAGCUUCUUUUCUUGCAUAAGUGUAAACACAACUUUUUGUAGGCAUCUCGGGCCAGCGGUGAGGGUUCAGCAAGGGAGCCAACGAGGGAUGGGACGGACUAAUGAAUUGUGAGGCAG